AUGGAAACACCUGAAUGGUUAGAUAAUGCAGUAAAUUUGGGGUUUGAUGGGGGGGUUGUAAUGGGCGCUGAUUCAAGAACUACUACUGGGGCCUAUAUCGCAAAUAGAGUAACUAAUAAAAUUACACCAAUCCAUGAAAAAAUUUAUUGUUGUAGAUCAGGUUCAGCUGCAGAUACUCAAGCAAUUUCUGAUUACGUUAGAUAUUAUCUCGAAAUGCAUACUUCAGAAUUAUGUGAUGAUCCAGAUGUCAAAACAGCAGCUAGUCUUUUCCAAUUACUUUGCUACAGCAAUAAAAAUAAUUUAAUGGCAGGUAUUAUUGUCGCCGGUUGGGACAAACAUCAAGGUGGUAGUGUUUAUAAUAUUUCACUUGGUGGCUCAAUGGUAAAACAACCAUUUGCCAUUGGUGGUUCUGGUUCAACUUAUAUUUAUGGUUAUUGUGAUUCUAAAUUUAAACCUGGAAUGACAAAAGAAGAAUGUGUUGAAUUUGUUAAAAAUUCUUUGGCUCUUGCUAUGUUUAGAGAUGGUUCAUCUGGUGGUGUUAUUAGAUUAUGUAUUAUUGAUAAAAAUGGUCCAGAACGUAGAAUGAUCCCAGCUACUGAAUUACCAAGAUUCUGGGAGGGCUAAUUUCUUUUUUUUACAUUUAAAAGAAAAAUUUUGUAUAAAAAUUAAAAAAAUAAAAUAAUAAAAAAAAAAAACAAAUUUUAAAUC